AUGAGCUCCGCAAAUGACGCGGUUUUUGUACGCCGCAAUAACCAAGUACAAGAUGCCAUUGACUCGCAGAACAUGAAGCAGGCUUUGCAGCUCAUCGAGAAGCGAAUCAAGAAAGGCGAAAGCACCCAUUUCCUCAAGGCAACUCAACAGGUCUGGAAGGCGCAUAUCCUCUUCAGCCACACGGACGAAGCCCACAAGAAGCGAGGAGUUGAAGAAACCCUACAGCUGUGCAAAGCGGAACCAGCCAUAUCAGAUCUAGAUUCCCUGGACAUACUCCACCGGACACUGCAGAAGAUGAAUGAGCACACCGAGCUUCGCAGUGCCAUCUGGGAGAAAGCAGCAAAGGCAAAGCCCCAUGAUCAGGAUCUCCAGUUGAGAUGGUUCUCAUUAGGAUUCGAGGCUGCUGACUGGAAGACAGCCCAGAAGGCUGCUAUGAGUCUCCAGAAGAACUUUCCGCGGGAGAGGAAGUAUUACUUCUGGGCCAUCUUUUUGUGCCAUCUCGUAUCACAGGACCCAACAAGUUCUGAAAUGGAUCGCAAACUUUUCGGUACCCUUGCCUAUCGGAUGAUCUCGAAAGCAGCUGCCGAUGUUCCCUCUGACCAGACCCAAUUGCUCAGCGCGCCAAGAGCUCUCCAAACCAGCGAGGAGUUAUUCUUCCUUCUUCGGAUCUACAAGUGCCAAGAGCGUUGGACCGAGUCUGUGCAGAUCCUGAACAGUGAAAACGUUGGCCUCGGCUCUCGUAUCGCCAACAACGACCGGAUUUUCAUGCUUGAGAAGGUCCAUUGUUUAGGAAGCGCUGGUCUCUGGCAAGAUGCGCUUGCUUACUCAAAGAGCCUUCUCACGGUGCCAGACAACGAAAACGGCCGCCAGGCUUUGAAAGAGCGCGAUGACUGGAAGAUCUGGAACUUACUCAUCGCAGUACCGCGCAGCCUGCCCGAAGAAAAAGGGCUAGUUUCCGAUAUCCAGCAGCACAUUGAAAAGUUUAUUGCAUUUGAUCCGACCUCUCGCAAUGCGCACAUUGCUCUCAUGGAUGUCAUGUUGACCGGCCUCAAACAAGGCGAACGGACGGAAGACGACUUGGUUUCGGCUUGUCAUACCUAUUUCGAUGCAAAUAAAUCCAAGCUCCACGCCUUUAUGGAUCUGCGAGGUAUUAUGGAGACCCGUGAUGCGGCUGUGGUAGACCGAAUCACCAAUUAUUGCGUUGAGAGUGUUCAAGAAACACCUGACAACGUCAUUCCGUUGAUCAAUGCAUACAAGCUACGCUACCAUGCACAGAUCUCUGGAAAAACGCAUUCGUCCAAAUCCAGCGCUGAAGGUCUUGUCAAAAAGUGUAUCGAACUUUACAAUGCAUGUUCACCCCAGAUUCCGAAAAUGGGGACAGAUGAACAGGGAGAUGCUGCCGCAAUGGAAAGCCGCCCGGUGGACGACUUCUGCAUCAUUGCUGCUAUGACUCUUAUCACCUUCAACGAAACUGGAGAACCCUCAAGCAAGAUUAGUAAAACUGCUCUUAUCCGUGCCGCGGGUCUUUUGGAGCAGCUACUGGUCAAGUCGCCCCAUCACUCCGGGGCAAUCCUGGUUUUGAUUCGUAUUUACCUCCUUCUCGGUGCUGGUUCAAUUGCCUUGAAGAUGUUUGGCAGGCUGUCUAUCAAGCAGAUCCAGUACGAUUCGGUUGCCCAUAAUCUUUUCACUCGUCUUGCCACGAUUCAUCCACACCAAGGGCCCCCCAUCGAAGGCGCGGAUUACAAGGACUUUGACCCACAAGCUGCGUUCGUUAAAGCUCUUGAUUUCUAUCGAUCCGCCACUAUCACCGUCGGACACCACAUGAGCAAGGGACUCAAUGACGGAUCGUACGUUAACUUGGAGGACACGGUCGCGCUCAGAGAUCAACUCAGAGACAGCGUUUCUCGGAGGAUGUGGGCUCUUGAUGUUCGACGAAUGCAAAGACUUACAAAGGGAGAGCAUUUGAGCUUCCACGAGGAUGUCGCCCAAACAGCGUCACCAAUCCACGACAAUCGGACGUACGAUGCCUUCCCGAACUUUGAUCGUUUUGACCAACCGACGCUUGAGCAGUACCUACGCCCAGGCCCGCUUCCUAAGGAAACUUGGCUCUCAGCAGCCCGGGUUACCGACCGACUGUUUAGUGUUCUCAAAAGCAUUAGCCUUCAAAAGCCAGUCGACCUAAGCCUCGAGUUGCCUGCCAUCGGUGAUCUGUCUCUUUCCGAGACAGAGUCAGAUCAGACCGUUGCCGAGAAAGAUGUAGCCAAGGUUCAUGCGGAACUGCUGAAGGUCGCACACUUCAUGGCUGGAUCCAAGAGCUACACUACCGUCCAAAUUGAGGGUGUCCUCGGCCUGAUGGAAGAUUGGCUCAAAUCCAAGAAAGAAACUCUCGCCCUCGAUGACAAUAAGAAGUCUACUCUUCUCUCAGAGACCGCCAUAGGAUUCGCUUCAGCUACUCCAGGCGCGCCGACUUGGGAAUACUUCCACACCAUCUGGACCCUCGUGGAGACUCUCCAAGCUAUUCAGAAGGUGGUGGAUCUGGACUCCCGCAAGGCUAUUAAGACCACCAAGCUUCCUACUGAACAAAUGAAGCGAGUUCAGACGCUAGUUUCCGAAGUCUUUGAAGCUGUUCGCUCCAACACUCGGGCUCUGAAGCAGGGACUCGCCGAAACAGCAACUCUCAGCACCUUGAUUGACCUUGUCAACCAAGGUGAUCCGACCGAUGAAUACGAGAAGCCUUUGCAAGAUGUGCUGAGCAGCAUGACUGACGAGUCCACCCUCGAAGUGUUCUGUGGGGAGCUGAGAGAAAGCUGGGAGGAGGCACUGGAUGGAGUGUUGGCUGUCAAACUUUGA